GACGUGAGUUUGGAGCACCUGGAAAUCAGUCAUCAGCGGAGCCCUACUCACAAAACGCUCAACGAUGCGAGCGAUGAAACGGGGUCAAAAAUGUAUGAAGCGCUGUUCAUGGUGCCUCUAACGAUUUAUGGGAUCCUUAAAAUGCUUUUGUAACUUAAGAAGGAGUUUAAAUAUACAAACGGACCAAGACGGGGUUCAUACGAACGCUGAAACCACAGUUUCUGGAUAUUCUUUUUCGUGAGUAGGCUACGUUAACGACACCCGUGUUCUACAGCCUUGACGCUGUGGAAUACGACUAGGAUGACUGCUUGAUUUCCCUUUUUUUCUUACGCGACUACCUCCACCCCGGAUCUUUUCCUUUCCCUUCCACACGGCCUGUCUGCGGACUCGCUAUGGUGGAUUCGAAUGCAACGAGGAAGACUUUUGUGGUCCCGGACAUUAAAUCCGUGGAUCACUAUGAUUUCAGCAGAGCCAAAAUAUGCGCCAGUGUGGGCUGGCUCUUGGCUAAAUCAUACGGCAAUGCAGAGAACGUUCCGGAGGAGCUGCGAGACCCCUUCUACUGCGAUCAGUACGAACAGGAGCACCUGAAGCCCCCGGUCACGAGGCUCCUGCUCUCCCCGGAGCUCUACUGCCGCACCUACAGCCUGCUGCUGGGGCAGGGACAGGGACAGGGGCCGUCGGGGGCCCCAGUGGCCGAGGGGUCCCCCAAAGACAACGGCGACCUCCUGCAGAUCCUCAGUAAGCGGGGCCUGGUCGCCAAGGACAAGAAUGUCCCCAUCACGGACGAAGACCUCCGCCACAAACCCAUCAAAAUGACUGCCCACUUGGCGCUGAUCGACGCACUGAUGGCGGUGGGUGCCAUGGAGACGGUUAGUGCUGCGAGGACGAGAGGAGCUGAGCUGCUGGAAGGAAGAGGAGGAGGAGGAGGAGGAGGCAGCGGCUGGGAGGAGCCCCUGCUCCAGUGGGUCAUCGGGCUGAAUCAGACGCUGAUGGAACUCACAGAGGGAGCCCACAGCUCAGACAGCAGCUCCGACCCACAGCCCGUCCAGCCCUCUUGUCCCACCCGCUGGUACUGGAAACUUGUUCCUAUAAGGUACAGGAAGGAUAAGAUGCUCUCCAGGCAGAAGCCCUUUUUCCCGCUGGUGAGCGAGGUGAAGGAUCUCAGCAACGGCUGUGCCAUCGCUGCAGUCAUCCACUACUACUGCCCAGGCCUGCUGCGUCUGGAGGACGUGUGCAUGAAGGAGUCCAUGUCGGUGGCUGACAGCCUGUACAACCUGCAGCUGAUCCUUGAGUUCUGUGAGAGCUGUCUGAGGAGCUGCUGCCCCCUGGCGCUGGAGGACCUGCUCUACGCCCCGCCUGAACUGCAAGUGAACAUCUUGAGCUUUCUGGCAGAGCUCUUAAGGUGGUUCGAGAUCCAAAAGCCAGAGUUUGUUCAACCUCUGCAGGCCAUGGAGGAUGGUCCUGGGAAAACUGAUGGUGGGACAUCCAGUGGUAACAGCUCUCCCUCCCUCUUCAAGAAGCCCUUCCUGCCCAUUUCCUCCCCCAUGUCACCAGUGCCAGGCUCUCUUACUCAGUCUACCUCAAUGUCUCAUGUAGAGGCCGUUGGAAGAACAUGGACAAAGAAACCAAUCAGCCGUCCCCUGUCCGCCGUGUCCUUCAGCAUCCCCUUCGGUCUGGACAGUGACGUGGACAUCGUCAUGGGCAAGUCGGUGAGCGCCAUCACCCGCUCCGUUAGCUCCGACAACCUGAACCGGGGCAACAAGGGCCUGACGCGCGCGCCCCACACCCCUCCGGAGGACCUCGGCCACAUGUUCAGCAAGUCGCCCGCCAACGGCUCGCACCGGGCCUCCUGGGCCACGCCCACGCCAGACGCGCCCCUGCUGGCGGAGGAGAACGGGCUGGAUGACACGGAGAUGGAGAUGGAGGCGGAGGCCGGCGAGCUGCCCACCAUUGAGGAGGCGCUGCAGAUCAUCCACAACCAGGGCAAGCUGGAGCCGCGGCUGCACCCGGACGGAGCCCCCGACGGCUUCUACCUGCACUCGCCGGACGACCCCGCCAGCGCGCGUCACAACGGGAGCCCCGCCUCCUCUGCUCUCAGCUGCUCCGCCCCCUCCCGCUCGGGCGUGCACUACAGGCCUCACGCGCCGCCGCCGCCUCCGUCGUCUUCCUCUCCGUCCCGCGCCCGCCACACGUCGGAGGGCUCGCGCGACGACGACUCAGUGCUGCGCGACGGCAGCGUGGACUCGGACGCCUCCGAGGACCUGCCGAGGACCGCCCACUCCACGCCGGCGACCCCGGUCUCCAAGCCCCGCCCCAGCAGCAGCAGCGGCGGCGACCACACGCCCGACAGCGGCGUCCGCAUGACCAGCUUCGCCGAGAGGAAGAAGAAGAAGGUGCUGACUCCCACGCCUCAGGAGCCCGACGCCGAUCCCACCAACCCUGCUUCAGCCCCGAACGUGACCACCAAGAAGACCGAAGAGAGCCCUGGCAAGAGCCCUGCCCUAAACACGGAGAUGUCCGACCUGGGUGUCCGUCUGGAGGAGAAGCGGAAGGCCAUCGAGGCUCAGAAGAAGCGCAUCGAGGCCAUCUUCGCCAAGCACCGGCAGCAGCUGGGCAAGAGCGCAUUCCUGCAGCUAAAGAAGGGGCGUGAGGGAGAGGGAGAGGGAGAGGGGGAGGCUGAGGAGCAGACCAAGGGGGAGGUGAGCGCAUCCUCCACAGAGGAGGACCUGAGCCGCCGGUCCCGUGCCGUGCAGCAGCCGCCAGAGAUGCAGAAACACCCACAGCGCCACCUAGCGGAGGAAGAGGGUAACAUGAAGCCGCACGCAGGCUCGAAGGAGAACAGGGAGGCUGCACAGGCUGGGGAGAAGGGCUCGGCUCCUCUCGGGGACUACAACAACGCCGUGACCAAGCUGAACGCGGCCCUCAGUUCGCUGCAGACCGACAUGCAUCGGCUGGCUGAGCAGCAGAAACAUCUGAUGCAGAAGAAGCCUGCGCCCGCCACUUCCACCCAUAGCUGGGUCAUCCCCCCUGGCCCCAAAACGCCUCCUUCCCGCCUGUCUCGCGAGACCACACGGGACCUCCCUUCCGCCUCGUCCUCCCCCUCUCCAUCGCGGAGGCUGGUCAGCCACACCACCCCGCCCAAAUCCCCGGGGGCACACCGCCGGGCACAGUCGGCGCCCCCCAAGAGCCCAAAGCACCACCACGCGUCGCGGCCGGCGGACCUGAAGGUCCCAGUCUCCACCCGCUCGAUCGUGGCUUCCCAGAACGUGGACAGCAUCCCGCACCUGCGCCGCACCGCGCCUUGGCAGUGCCGCGACCAGAGCGCCUCUUCCUUCAGCUUCGGCCAGACGGGCACCUCCAUGUUCCCUGAAUCCUCCCGCAGGUCCACGCCCACGCCCUCCCACCUCCCCACACAGGAGCACGGCCUCUUCAGCCUGGAGCUGGAGGGCGCGUCCACGAAGGGGGGCAGCAGCUCGGGCGCGCCCUCCGAAUGCUCGUUCGAGAGCGACGUGCCGGCCGCCGGGUUCAACGGCAAGCGCAGCAGCCUGAUCGAGAUCUCGCUGUCCUCGCUGAGAGGGCUGGAAGACGAACUCGACCAGUCCAACGACCCCUUCUCCGACUCCAUGAGUGACCAGACGGAGCCGGAGCUAAAGUCUGGGGUCGGCUUCUUCUUCAAGCAGGAUGAGGCUCGACCGGAGGAUGAGAUGGCCCAGCGGCGCGCCGCCCUGCUGGAGAAACAGCAGAAGAGAGCCGAGGAGUUGAAGAAACGCAGACAGGAGCAGGAGAGGGAGAGGGAGGCCAGCCGAUCAGCGUCAGGAGACGAGCUCCGACCGCAGACGCCGAGCACCCCGCCACCCCUGCGCACGCCCCCGCCCGAGGCCCCGUCCCAUCGCCGUGGCAACUUCACGCGGAAUGAGUACGAGAUGCGGCGCCAGCUGAAGAUCAUGGACGACCUGGGCAAGGUUCUGAGGCAGAAGCCCACCACCGUGCGCGACGUCAAGAAGCAGCGGCCCAAGACCGUCUUCCACGAUGACUCGGCCCUCUCGCGCAGCCCUUCCAAAGGCUUCCUGGGUUCCAGGUUGAACAAAGUCUACUCUCAAUCCACUAUGAACCUGUCCUCUAUGGCCAACGACACGGGUAGCAGCGGGACGCUGAGAGUCAGGAAAUCUCCUAGUCGUUCUCACUCGCCGUCGAGGCUGAUGUCACCGGGUCGGCUCACGAGCCACAACGGAGAUAGGGACUGGGAGAACGCCUCCACCAUUUCAUCCCCUGCCUCCAUUCCAGAGUACACCGGCCCCAAACUGUACAAGGAGCCCAGCUUCAAGUCCAACAAGUUCAUUAUCCACAACGCCAUCUCCCGCUGCUGCCUGGCAGGCAAGGUCAACGAACCCAUCAAAAACAAGAUAGUGGAGGAAAUGGAAAAGUGCGACGCCAACCACUUCCUGAUCCUGUUCCGGGACAACAGCUGCCAGUUCCGGGCGGUGUACACCAUGAACCCGGAGACGGAGGAGAUGAUGCGGCUGACGGGGAUCGGCCCGCGCUUCAUCAGCCCCGCCAUGGUGGAGUCCAUCUACAAGUACAGCUCCGACCGCAAGCAGUUCACCGCCAUCCCGUCCAAGACCAUGUCCAUGAGCGUGGACGCCUUCACCAUCCCCGGCCACCUGUGGCAGAGCAAGCGCCCGGGCACCCCCAAGAAACCCGGCACCCCCAAAUAAAGCUGGCGCCGGUCUCUUGCCAUCUGGGCUCUCCUCGGUUCAGCCCCAUCUCUACCC